AUGGAGGCGGGACAGUUCGAUGAUGCCCCGGAUCAGGGCGCGGCUUACCAACAACAACAACAGCAGCAGCAGCAGCAACACCUUCAAGCUGCACAGGAUCGAGACACGGCACAAUCGCAAAAGGAGCGUCGACAAGAGAUUUCUCACCUUCUCCGACCAUCCUCCGAUGCUGGAGAUUCAGAAGACGAUGCAGCCGAUGACCACCUCAUCCAGGUGCAAGACGAUGAAGAAGAGGACGAUUACGAAGACGACAUGACCGGCUACGGCGCCGUUGAGGAUGCGGAUUGGGAGCUGGCAAGAGGUGAUUUCACGAAACAAUUCAAUCGCUCCCGUCAGCUCGCUUCAGCUAUCACAUCGACAUCAUCUUCCUCCAACGCCUCUGCUUCUGCAGGGAAAGGUUCAACAAGUGUCACUCCACUUCCCGCUAUGAACCGUCGACGCAGACUACCACCACCCUCCUCCUCCUCAUCAUUAUCCUCCAAAUCCGCAGCCACGAGAUCUGCUGCUGCAGCAACAGCGGGUCCAUCAACCAGCGCAUCCCACACUGCCUCCCAAAUGGAAUCACUCUCCAAAUUUGCAUCCCGCGUUCGUGUAUCUGACAUGUACGACCCAUCCUCUGCCAUCGGUGGUGGCGUCAACUCCACCGUCCCUCGUAAAGCUCUUGGUGGACGUGACGCCGUUCGUAUCAAAGACAAAGCCGACCGAGCAACCGUAGAAGGAGUGCUCGAUCCACGAACAAUGAUUAUUUUGUAUAAAAUGAUCAAUCGCCGCUUACUCGAGAGUGUUAAUGGUUGCGUUAGUACUGGUAAAGAAGCUAAUGUCUAUCAUGCUACAACCGCCGCUGACCCGAGUGCUGCUGCUUCUUCGCCAAAUGGUGAGCCACCAGCCAAGGCAAGUUUAGCCUUGAAGAUCUACAAAACUAGUAUUCUCGUCUUUAAAGAUCGCGAUCGGUACGUUAGUGGAGAGUUCCGCUUCCGACACGGAUAUGCGAAACACAAUCCACGCAAAAUGGUUCGUCUAUGGGCCGAGAAGGAAGCACGUAAUCUCAAACGAAUGGUUUCAGCAGGCCUACGAGCCCCUAUCCCCGUCGAGCUACGAGACCAUGUUCUAGUAAUGCAAUUCCUCGGCGACUCCGAAGGAUGGGCCAGUCCUCGUCUCAAAGACGCAGAUGAAAUGAUUGGUUCCAACCCCCAAGUUUGGUCUCGACUCUAUUGCGAACUUCUUGCCAGUGUCAGGAUUAUGUAUCAUCAAUGUCGACUAGUCCAUGCCGACUUGAGCGAGUACAACAUCUUGUAUCACCAACGUCACCUUUGGAUCAUUGACGUUUCUCAGUCGGUGGAACAUGAUCAUCCACGAGCAUACGAUUUCCUAAGGGCCGAUAUCGGUCAUGUCGACGAGUACUUUGCGAAGCGAGGGGUUGCGACGCUGGGGUUGAGGAGGACCUUUCAGUUCGUUAUUGCCGAACCGAAGGGGCUGCAGGGGAGGAAAGGUGGCAGAGCGGGAUUGGAGAAACAAGAUGCGGAUUUUCAUCAAGAUGAUAGACCAAAUUCGAAUGCUGAACAUGAUGCUCAGUUGCAGGUGCAAAAGUCGGCUCCAGCGCCAAGGAAGGAGGAAAGGCAAGGCAAGACGGAAGGGAAUGCAACACCGGUUCAGCAAAAGAAUGUGAUUGGUGGAAAUGCUUGGUAUACAGAUCUGUCUAAUCCUAGCGGUGCGGCUACUGGGACCGUCUCGACAACGGGAGAGACGGAAGAAUCGCUCAUACAGACACUUGAACAGCUUAUGCAGCAGUCAUCUGUCGAGCCCGAGCCCACCAUCGCCUCCCACGUCACUCCCAACGGUCAAGAAGUCAAGGUGGAUACAACAAAGAACGACGAAGAGGUGUUCAAAGCCACCUACAUCCCUUUCUCCCUUCACGAAGUGAAUGAUCCAGAACGAGAGAUCGAGUUGCAAAAGAACAAGGUUGCCUCUUCUACCACUACCGCCGCCAAUACUUGGACAUCUUCUUCGGCUAAAUCAGCAAACACGGCGACGAAGGUACCACUCGACGCUCUUCUACCCAGCAAAGUCGGCAAAGCCGAGUGCAACGAAGGGGACGCUUCUGAUUCUCAAGAUUCUGAAUCUGAUUCCGAUGACGAGGAAGACGGAGAUGAAGGAGAAGGAGCAUCACUUCAUCCAAAAGACGCAAAACUGUCAAAACAAGAAGCAAAAGCACUCAAAAAGCAAGCAAAGAAGCAGACAAAGGAUGCCAAUCGAGAAAAACGCAAGACUAAAAUGCCAAAAGCUGAAAAAAAGAGAAGGUUGAAAAAAAAUCACAAGUAA